AACUUUAUGCGCAGUCCGAGCGCUGGAGGAAGUUAUUAAUGUCUAGUUUUGUUGAAGCAUGUAAGAGCUGCAGGAGCUGUUAUAAGGUGAAUAAUAACCUGAUUUUAAUGUGGGUCAACAGGUUUGUAAACCGAUGAAGCGACUUGUUCAUUCAUGGGCUGUUUAAUCGCUCUAGAGAAAUGACAGACGUGCGAUGUAGAAAACCGUGUGAGAAGGACGAGGCAGUGUCUGAAGUGCACCAAGGUAGCGGAAUAGAAGGUGUUGUGAAGGAUGAAGAUGGUGCUGAUGGUCUGGGAUCAGACACGGGACCUGCUGUUAAAGAAGACACAGAGAGCCGAGCAGCCGAGGACGCAGACGCAGACGAUGCGAGAGCAGACGCAGGCCGGACGGAGUCGCCGUCUCCCACUGCAGAGGAGAAGAAGGAAGAGCAGGACUCCAACUCCAGCAAGACAACAAACAAGAGCAGUAAAACUGUGAUGUUUCAGAGGUUAGCGAAGCUCUUCAUCGGUUGUCUAGCAGCUGUGACCUGUGGGAUGAUGUACGCCGUGUACCUGAGCACGUACCACGAGAGGAAGUUCUGGUUCUCCACUCGUCAGGAGCUGGAGAGAGAGAUCACCUUCCAGGGAGGCAGCGGUCUUUAUUACUACUACUACAAACACAUGCUGUUCGCCUCGUCCUUCGAGAAGGGUGUGUACGAGCUGAUGCGAGAUAACAGGACAGUAUCUGGUCAGACCAUUAAUGCAGUGGAGCAGCUGUCUCUCUACCCCGAGCUCCUCAGCAGCCUGCUCUACAAACUGAGUGGCAGUCAGGACUCCAUCGAGCCGGUUUAUUUCUACAUCGGCGUGGUGUUCGCGCUGCAGGCCGUCUUUGUGACGGCUCUGUUUAUCUGCAGCUGGGUGAUGAGUGGCACUUGGGUGGCUGGGAUGUUGGCAGUGGCCUGGUUCAUCAUUAACAGGCCCGACACGACUAAAGUGGACUACGCUAUUCCUCUGAGAGAUAACUGGGCUCUCCCUUACUUCUCCUGCCAAGUGGCUGCUUUAACUGGCUUCCUGAGCAACAACAUCAGCUCUUCUAUGGAGAUGUUCUGUUACCUGCUGAUGAGUGUGACGUCGUUCACCUUCAUAGUGAUGUGGGAGCACAGCCACUACAUACUGUUUAUACAGGGACUUGCGCUUUUACUGCUGGACUGCUUCGAUCUCGUACCAGCACGCAAGACAGCAGAUGUCCAUAAGGUGUAUCUGAGCUCUUUGUUCUUGGCGUAUGUUGUGCAGUAUCAGAAGUCCAGUCUACUUUCCUGUCCCCUCCUCAGUCUGCUUGUAGCCAACAUGCUGGCCAAAUACCUGCAGCAAAAAAUGAAGAUGGGCCCGCUGGUGGCGAGACUGAUGAAGAUUGUGCUGCAUCUUUACUUAGUCUUCACUGCAAGCAUCACCUACAACUACCUGAUCAAGAGAAUUUUUCCAGUCAAUCAGAGUGACUUCAUCUUGAAGUUCCUGGAAGUCAGGUUCGGCUUAAACUCGACAACAGAGUUUAUCCCCAACCUGCUGCUAUGUGACGAUGGUUUCCAGGCUCCGGGCCAGGACUUCUUCCUGCGUCUCACUCACACCUCUGUCCUGCCUUUUUAUUUGCUCGUGCUGGUCAUCUGCUUGCUGUCAAUCAUGCAGACCAUCUACAGGAGACUCAGUGGUGAGCGAGCGAUGGGCAGCUUGCAGAUGGAGGACGGGCGGAUCGGGGAGCGACCGGAGGUGAUCUACCACGUGUUCCACACACUGCUGUUCGGAGCUCUGGCCAUGCUGUUUCAGGGGUUAAAGUAUCUUUGGACCCCAUACGUGUGUAUGUUCACUGCAUUUGGUGUGUGUUCACCAGAGCUCUGGAUGACUGUUUUGAGAUGGGUCAGACUCAAGUCUGUCCAUCCUGUAGUGCUGGCACUCAUCCUGAGCACCGCCGUGCCGACCAUCAUUGGCUUCAGCUUAUGGAGAGAGUAUUUCCCACGUGUACUGACAGAGCUUACAGAGGUACAGGAGUUUUAUGAUCCUGAUACAGUGGAGCUCAUGAACUGGAUUAGGAGUCAGGCUCCGCUCUCGGCCGUGUUCGCUGCGAGUCCUGCGCUGUCUGGAACGUUGAAGGUGUGUACGGGAUGGCCGGUGGCCAGUCUCCCACUCUACGUAGACCUCAGCCUUCUGCAGAGAACAGAGAGUACAUAUCAGGUGUAUGCCAUGCGCUCUGCCGAAGAUGUCUAUAAGCUGCUGACAGCUCAGAAGUCAAGUUACGUCAUCAUCGAAGAGGAGCUGUGUAACGAGAUGAGUCCCAACAGAAGCUGCAGGAUCAAAGACCUGCUCGACUACGCAAACGGCCACGUGGUGUAUGACCAAGGGGAAAUGUACACUUUUUCCAAGCACGGGCGAUUCUGUCACCAGAUAAAAAUGAACUACUCUCCAUACACCAACUACUUCACACGAGUUUUCUGGAACCGCUCCUACCAUGUCUACAAAGUCAACUCGGUCAUCUCCUUCCAGUACUGACAUCUGCUGUCAUCAGUACUGAAGAUCAAAACCUCUUCCAGGAACCAAAUCAACUCCAUCAGUCCCUUCCAAUUUCAAUGUCUGCACAGUCAACAGUCAACUCCAUCCCUUCAUUACCUUUUAUUCUCAAUCUCUAACCCUUGCUAAUACUAUUUUCUACAUUGUCAACACUGUAUUUUUCUUCCGGUUUUCACAGCUACCGAAUCAAAUCAGCCAUUCACUUUUAAAUACUGACAGGACUUAAACCCUUACAAUCCCAAUGUCUACGGUCAAGUCUGUCAUACCCUUCCAAUUCCAUAUCUACAGUCGACUCCACAAUCCCCUUUCGAUCCCAAUGUCUACAGCCAACUCAGUCAUUCCCUUCUGAUCCCAAUGUCCCCAUGUCUACAGCCAACUCAGUCAUUUCCUUCUAAUCCCAAUGUCCCCAUGUCUACAGUCAACUCCACAAUCCCCUUCCAAUCCCAAUGUCUACAGUCAAGUCCAUUAUUUCCUUCCAAUCCCAAUGUCUACAGUCAUGUCCUUCAUCCCCUUCUAAUCCCAAAGUCCCCAUGCCUACAGCCAACUCCGUCAUUCCCUUCCAGUUCCAAUAUCUACAGUCCGCUUCUUCAUCCUCAUCCAUUCUUAAUGUCUACAGUCAAUUCUGUCAUCCAGUAUGUUGGAGCAACACUGUAUGUCUUCACUUUAUUUCUUUUCUCCUUCUACACUCCUGAGCUAGCUCUGUGUUACUGAUCUUCCGAACCUCCAUACUAUUGGAUUGGAGAACGGAUCGUAAAUGGUUCUUUCAUCACCUUGCAGUUAUGCACAAUGACCUUUUAGUACUGCAUUGUGUGUGGAUGUAUGUUGUGUAUGUGUGUGUGUGUGUGUGUGUGUGUGUAUAUAUACAGUAUGUGUGUCUCAGAUCUGUUCAGGGAUCCAGUCACAGGACCUGUUCAGCAUCUUAACUGCUGCCUCUGAGCUAUUAGUGGUGAAUACACAGCCCUGUGGUGGCAGUGUUCGAAAGCUUUUUGCUGCUGUCAGGAUAUGAAAAGACCUUCCAGAAAGACGGCCCCAGCGGGUGGGGCGGAGUUUUGUUCUUGGAGGGAAUCGUGGGUAGUGCAGGCCGGCUCUGUGACUGCCUAAUCGUGGAAUUUGCAUACGCUUUUCUUUUGUAAACACUGUAUCAUGUCAUAUAUGCCUUUUGAAAGAGAAGGAACUUGCUAAGCUCUGGCUGAUAAUGUUGUUAAAGUGUUAAAAUCCUGUACGUUAACCUGAGACCACUUUUAUUUUUUUUUUCUUCUGUUAUAACAACUUUGCUCAGGAUCUCGUUAGAACGUAUCGUGACCAUGCAGACGUUUUACUUCUGACUGAUACAUUACAAGUGCAUAUAACAGUUAUUUGCACAGUACCAUCAGGUCAAGAUCCGUCCUUCUGAGAUCCAAAACCAACUGAUGUAUAGAACUUAUUUAAAGGAAGUCUAAUGGCACCUUCAUCAGUAAACGGAGAGGCGGAUCAGUGGUUAACGCUCUCGGUAAAACUGCUGAUCUUAUACACGAAUGAAAAUCAAUAUAAAUAUGUGAUCGAAUAAUUACAUUCAAAACUUCAACCAUUACAUUAGAUGUUUUCUUGUUAUGUAAAACUUCUCAUCUCAGCAAGGAUGAAUUAUGCAGAUUUGUUUGCAAACAUCGUAAAGCAAUUACCUUUAAACGUGUUAUUUCUGUUAUCUAAACAUAUCGACACCCCUUCUUCUGCCAUUAGGCUUCUUUAUACGGAAGUGUGUAGUUUUUUUUUCUGUUUUGAUUUUAUCUAUGUAAGUUGUGGUAACUGUGGUAAAUGGAGCUUGGGUUAAAAGCAAGUGUAACUGUAGUAGUUCAAUACAACAGCCAACAUUUCAAUGCAAUUUCAUUAAGAGUCAUUUCAACGUGAUCUGAUGCAAUAGAGUGUGAUGUAGUAUUUUCUUACAGGAAAAGAAAAGUGUUGGAAAUCUCUGUGCUUGUUGGAAAAAGCAUUGACGCUAAAAUGCCAUGUCUGUCUUGAAUAUGGUGCAAAUAGUUGGCAGUUGCUGCUGUUGCAUUUAGUUUGUGUCUUCCUAUAACUUGUGCUAAUACACUCAGAUGAAUUGUUUGAACAGAUCUGUGCGCUUGUCUGAGACUCGGACUCUUCUCGUAUCCGUGUCAGCAGAUAACAUUUACAUUUUUAUAAGACCCUGUAAUGAUGAAGCUGAUGAAUAGAUAAAAGAGAACUGCGUAUCUGUGGCCGUGAUGAAUAUGGAAAUGAGUCACAGUUUGGAUUAACAAGCUUUUAUCAUGACA